AUGACAAUCAACACCCACUCAUCAACUACAACCCCUCACUCACUCUCCACCUCCCUCUCAAAGACGCCUGAGGAUACAAAAUACAUCAUCUUCUACGCUUCCAUAAACCCCAGUACUGGGAAGUCAUGGUGUGGCGAUUGUCGAGAUGCAGAGCCUCUAAUUGAGAGGAGAUUCGCGGAGGAGGGGAGGGAUGUGGAAGUUGUUUUUGUGGGGGUGAAGACUGUCUGGAGAGAUCCCGAGAAUGUUUGGAAGAAAAAGCCUUUUGCGGUUGAAAAAUUACCUACGUUGCUGAAGAUUACUGGAGAUAAAUGGGACAAGCUUGUGGAAGCUGAUGUUUAUGAUCAAGCCAAGUUGGAUGCUUUCUUGAAGGAUUGA